UCCCGCCAGUUUCCGAGCAACCCUUCGACCGGCCGGUGCGGUGUUCGUCGUCGUCGUCGUCGUCGUCGUCGCCGUCGUCGCGGUCGUUCGCUUUCUGUUUUUCGCGUACACACCCAAAUAAUACACGUAAAAUCACACCACCGCACACGCACACACGUACACACGUACACACCACACACACACGCACACACGUUCUACACGAAUAGACAUAGACAUAUACACUCGAAUACACACUCAAGUCCUAUUGCACACACACACACACACUCACACACACAUACGUACACACAUACACACACACACACACGCGCGCGAACGGGUAAUAGAAGGUCGUAAUACACGUCGUGGAAAUAUCAAAAAUUACAGUGUUCCGCCGCGGACAGUGCGACCGCUAUUUUUAAAUAAUAUUUAUUUUUCCACGUUAUUUAUAGUUGAUUUUGUUUUAUUUUUUUCAUCGAAAUUUGAAAAUAUUUAAUAUUUUUUUUUUUAAUCCGAUUGUGUCUCGUCUAUAGAGUAUCAAUAUUGUUAUUGUAUGUAAUUAUUCGUGUUUCGGGUGUCCGUCCCAAUGUGGUGUGCGAAUGUUUAACGACGUUGUCGUCGUCGUCGUCGUCGUCUCCGUCAGUCUCCCGAGUGCACCGUAUAAACAUCGUGGUGGAUUGACGUCGCGUGGUGCACUCUCGGACGGCCGUAGCGGAAGCGGUUGUGGUCGUGGUGGUGGCGGCGGCGGAAGCGUAGUAGCGGACGCGAUGUGCGUCGUGACGUGCGACUGUCACUGUUAACGUUGUCGCCGCCACCGUCGCCGUCGGCCGCCCGGGCAGCGGUGGUGACGGCGAUCAUGGUGCCGCCGUGGUGGCUGCUGGUGGCGUUCGUGUUCGGUGGCGUCAGCGCCGCUCUCACGUCCAGCCGGGUGGUGCGCACCAAGUACGGCGUCGUGAGCGGCGUGAUCGUGACGCCCGACAACCGGCGGCUGGACGCGGUCGAGGUGUUCCGCGGCGUGCCGUACGCCUCGCCGCCCGUCGGCUCGCUCCGGUUCAUGCCGCCGGUCACCGGUUCGCUGUGGUCGGGCAUCAAGGUGGCCGACCGGUUCGGGCCGGUGUGCCCGCAACGGUUGCCCAACGUGUCCGACGACACGGCCGCCCUGAAGACGAUGGCCCGCGGCCGCCUGCAGUACCUGCGCCGGCUGUUGCCGUACCUGCAAAACCAGAGCGAGGACUGCCUUUACCUGAACAUCUACGCACCGGCACUAGUGAAUUUUCGAAGUGAGGAUAAAAUACCACUGAAGCCCGUGCUCGUGUUCAUACAUGGUGAAUCGUACGAAUGGAAUUCGGGGAAUCCAUACGAUGGUACAGUUUUGGCAAGCUAUGGUGGUCUAGUCGUAGUCACCAUAAAUUACAGACUGGGAAUAUUGGGAUUUUUAAAUCUCAAUUCCAAUCAGCACCUCAAGUCACCAUCCAACUACGGUCUCAUGGACCAAAUAGCAGCUCUGCACUGGAUACAAGAGAAUAUAGCUGAAUUUGGUGGCGACCCAAAAAAUGUAACAUUAAUGGGUCAUGGCACUGGGGCCGCUUGUGUUGGUUUCUUGAUGUCAUCCUCCGCAAUUCCAGAAAACUUAUUUCAUCGGGCUAUCCUGCUCAGUGGUUCUCCGCUGAGUCCACUGUCUUUGGUCAGAGACCCUGUGUACUACGGCCAUCAGGUGGUCAAGUUGGUCAACUGUUCGCCGGACUUGCCACUCUCGGAAAUGCUCGUAUGUCUGCGUAACAUUCCGCUGGAACAGUUGUUGAACGCUCAGAUCCACGUACCCGAGUUCACCACUGCCUUCGGGCCCAGCGUGGACGGCGUUAUCAUCGACGUUGGAACUGCUGCCGAGACCAGCAGAGUCAACGCCCAGUCGAACGGUCAAGAUAAUGGACCCGGUAGACCGCCAGAGGAUCCGAGAGAAUUGGUUUUGGCCAAUGGAUUCGGGCCAGCUAUUCUUGCUAAUCCAUCAGCCCGGCAACGGUUGCUUUCCAAGUUGUCUAAAUUCGAUCUGAUGUUGGGCGUAGUGCGGGCCGAAUCGUUUUUCGCAUUUACCGGAGACGAUGUCCAAUACGGCAUCGAAGCAGAUCGGAGGACUAAAAUUCUAAAGACUUAUGUCAAAAACACAUACAAGUACCAUUUGACUGAAAUUUUAGCAACCAUCGUAAAUGAAUACACCGACUGGGACAGGCCGGUACAACAUCCGGUGAACAUCAGAGACGAGACGUUGGAAGCCCUAUCCGACGCCCAAGUUGUAGCUCCCGUGGUCAACAUGGCCGAUCUUCAUUCGGCUAAUCGCAGGAACUCGUACUUAUUCGUGUUCGAUUACCAGACCAAGUACGGGGAUUAUCAACAAAGACAAGGAUGUAUCCAUGGUGAAGAACUACCGUACAUAUUCGGUGCUCCCCUGGUAGGGGGAUUGAUGCAUUUUCCGAGGAAUUACACCAAGUCAGAAGUCCUGCUUUCCGAGGCUGCGGUUAUUUACUGGAGCAAUUUUGCGCGGACGGGUAAUCCAAAUGAGCCGCAGGACCAGGACAUGUUGCACAAACAAGAACACGGUCGGUUUAAGAAUAUCGAAUGGACUGCGUACGAGACCGUACAUAAAAAAUAUUUGAGUUUAGAUACGAAGCCCAAAUUGAAAAGCCAUUACCGAGCCCAUAGGCUGUCAUUUUGGUUGAAUUUAGUUCCCGAGUUGCACAAGCCCGGCGACGACGUACCUUAUUAUCAUCACAUGUUCCAAUCCGAUCUACGCGGGAUGACGUUUAAACCCGGUUCGGAAAGGACUACCAACAGACCGGCACCGGACAUGUACUACCGGGGUUCAGGUCAGCCACCAGCCAUAAUGCAACAGACCACAGUCGGCAACAAGACCACUUCCGAUGGCGGGACGACCAACGGGACGAACGUGUUACAACCUCCACCAGUCGUGGUGGCGUCUUCCUCGUCAUCGGAUCGCGGGGAUGGCGAUAAUGACGAAGUCGGUGGCGGUAGCGGAGGCCGACAGCUCAAAAACGGGCCAAGUGGUGACAAAGACGAUGGCGAUGGUCGGUUGUCGUCAGGUGACGGCCAGGACGACUUGGGCGGCGGCGGUGGUGGCGGAGCGUAUCAGACGUUUCCGCUGGCCCUGGCCGUGGCCAUAGGCAUUGGCUGUUCGCUGUUGUUCCUCAACAUAAUGAUAUUCGCCGUGAUCUACUGCAACAAGUCAGCUGGUUGGGGUGGAAGGCGGGGCAGCAGCACCGGCAGCCGGCGGACUUCCGGCGCCGCAGGAGACGCCGAGGACUUGCAGCAACAGCAGGACGACCGGAUCAGGAAGAUCAAAAAGCGUCCCGAGAACGGAGGCCCGAUGACUAAUUUGUGUUCCACGGGAGGAGCCACCGAGUUGUUGCAAAUGACGCGGCCGGUCACGCAACACCUGCAGCAGCACCAGCAGCAGCAGCAGCAGCAGCACCAACAACCGCACCAACAACCGCACUCCAUACUGAAGAAACCUCCGGUUACGGUGACCGCCGUGUCCUCUCCGAACGCUUCGCAGCCCCCUACCGACCCGGGCGGCGUGUGCGGACCCGCGGCCGGGACCGGCGUGUCCAGGGGGGCCGGGGCGCAACCGCCGCCCGCCGAAUUCGCCGACGUCGCGGCCCAGUGCUAUCACCCGGGCGGCAGCAUCGUGGGCAUCGGGACGUCGUCCACGCUGCCCCGGCCACCGCCGCCGCCGAAGUGCCCGCGGCCCGAUCACCACCACCACCACCACGUCGGCGGCCACCACCACCAGCAGCACAUCCACGGCACCAUCAGGAGGCACGCGGCCGCCUCGUCCGCGCUGCCGGCGUGCACGUGUUCCGGUCCGGUGGCCGGUGGCGCCGGGACCUCGCCGUCGCCGUCGCAGCACCACCCGCACGCGUCCUCGUCCAACCUGGCCGUGGACGUGGCCGCGGAUUCGUGCGCCAAGACGGCGGCCGUCGAGGAACUGCACGUGUGACAGUCGAACCGCGGCCACCGCCGGUCGUCCGACACGGAAAUCGACCGGCUGGCCAACGACCUGACCAGGAUAUGCGACCAACUCCGCGAGUCGUCCGGCGCCGGCGGCGAUGUCGACGGCGAUGGCGGUAGUGGCGGCGGCGGCGGCGGCGGUGACUUGUUCUACUUAUGACAUUACUUAACGUUGGACGCGAUGCAAUUCCGUGCGAACGCGCGCGCACGAGACGACGCGCACUAGAGAGAGACGCGUCUCUGUACAUAUUAUUAUUAUUAUAUUAUUUAUGUAUAAUUACGUAUUGUAUAUUGAUUGAUAACGAUAACGAUGUUAUUUUUGAAUGUCUUUAAGAUAAAAAUUAAAUGUUUCCUCGGUUAUUCCUCGUCGGAUCCUCUCCGUGAAACCACCGCCCUUCCCGUCACUCACCACCGUUCACCCAUCACCCCGCCAACAUCCUCGUCGACGAACUUGUAUUUUACUAACAUUGCAAUUAUAAUAAUAAUAAUAAUAAUAAUUAUUAUUAUUAUCAUUAUCGUUUGUAAUCGAUAUUUUUAACGGUCACUACUGAUUGGGGUUUGUUCACGUGAAAUGUUGUUAGCGUUAUUAUUAUUAUUAUCAUUAUUAUUAUAAUAAUUAUUGUUAUUCCGUUGGUCGUUAAUAAUAAUUCUAGUUACCAAAAAAAAAAACAAUUGUUGAAAUUAUUAUGUUAUUAUUAUUAUUAUUAUUAUUAUUUAUAACUGUUGUCUUACACGUUUCGCAUUAAUGCGUUUUGACGAAAUCCUCGUUUUCCAAUGACAAUAUUUGAUUUUCCGGCAACCCGACGACGAUACGGUACCACCAAAAGGUAUAAUAUAACAAUAUUAUUGCACCUACCAAAAGUAAAUAAAUAGAUUACGCUUAAGCGGUAACCUGCUGAAAAUAUUGCGCACAGUAGACGACAGAUAAACGUCCUCGAGAGUCUCGCACGAGCGGUCAAAAUUAAUGUUUAACUUAUCGUGACACGUAACGUAUUUCUUCGCAAUUCAUCAACGGGAAAAACGUCUUAUCGUAAAAUUGUCCGUGACUCGUAAAUUUCGCGAAAGCAGUAAUCAUUGUUGGAAUCGUAAAAUUCGCAUAAUUUAGUGGAAAAAAAAAAUACAUAAUAAGGGUGUAGAAAUUCAAAAUCGUCUAUAAAUAUAACAUCAGUUGUCGGAAAUCCGUGUUGUUGAACGCAUAGAUAGCAGUUAUUUUAUUUUUUUCAUUCCGAAUACACUUUCAAUAUUUUAAAAUCCAAUUCGAUGACGGAUAGUUUAAAUAAUUUGAUACAAAACGUGCUGGAGGUAACAGAAAGAAAAAAAAAUGAAUAAAUGACAAAAAUUGCGUGCUGAAAUAAUGUCUGAAACUCCGCGAAUCCAAACCGGGUACAGAAUUUAUUUUUAGUUAAAAGUUUACCAACGCGAGACAAAAACAAACGAAUAACUUAUUUUAUUUGGAUCUUAUUAUUAUGCAUAUCGUAAAAGUUUAAAACAAAAUAUGAUUUGUUCCAAACCUAUGCAAAUUUAGUUUUCUUUAACUGGAAAAAACGAUACGAAAUUAUUGAAUAUAUAUGCGGUAUCGUUGUACGUAUACACUGCACGCAACAAUAAUAUUUUGUUGUCGGAAUAACGAUGUCAUUGGAAAACGAAUACGCCUACACUCGAGUUGUACACUGCUCACGAAAACCAUAAGAUAUAUUGAUUAAAUAUUAAAUAAUGUUAUUCGAUACUAUAAGAUUAAUUAAUAUUAAACGUGAAUAUAUUGAUAUUGUGACGAUAGAACGCAUUAGAAAAAUACACUAUGUAAAAACGAUAUAUAUAUAUAUAUAUUGCCAAUUUGUCUUGGUUAAUGUUGUACUUUAAUAAUAUACUCCCGACAAGUGUCCUCUAUCGGAGUCAAUUGUGACCGAAAAAUUAAAUAAAUACGCAUGACGAUAUUAUUAUAUUAAUAAUAUUAUAAUAUUGAUAUUGAUGUUCCGCCGGAAGACCAAUGAGUUUCGGGUUGCCAGCUUUCCGAGAAAAUUAUGCCAUUUGUCGAUGUCAUUUUUGAUAAUUUUCAAAACGUUUCCAUUCCAGCAAAAAAUUGUUAUCUAAACCUUGAUUUUGCACGCAACAAUUUUAAAAGUUCUUCUGCUACGUUACAAGUAGACGAUCAAAUAGAUAAAUAAUAAUAUGUUAACCAUGUAUUCUUAUAAACGCAUAUUAGUACACGGACUUAACAGUCGUAUACUAUAACAAACUGUACGGCAACACAUCGGUUUUAUUUCAUAGAAUUAUUAAUUUAAAAUACCUAUAAUACAUUUUUUUUUUUUUAAUUGUGUCUUAUGAUUAUAAUGAUGCUGUGCACUCUCCGUCAACACUACCGUUUAUAAUCGAUCAAUUUUUCUAUUUUGUUUCUCGUGAGUAUCUGUAAAUCACUUUGCAAGUAACGCAUUCAAUUAAAUAGUUAAAUCAUAAUAUUCAAUAAAACAAUUACAAUUCGGUAUAUAUUAUGUAAUAAUUAGAUACCUAUUUACGUAAAUUAUUAAAUUUAAACUCACCGAUCUACCGUGGAACUACCCCAAACAUAUUAUUAUUAUCAAUAUUAUCACUGUUAAUUGUGUAUUAUAUCAUUAUUAUCAUAUUCGUUUGUUGUAAUGGGGUACCUACAUAUAAGAGUUACCUAUAACUAUCAUUAUAUGACAAAACAAAAUGUUGUGUGCUCGCCAAAUCGUCUAUACAUUAAUAUUGCCACAUAAUAUUAUCAUAUUUGAAUAGUAAAAAUUUAAUAUGUGUAAAUAUUUAUGUAUUUUUUAUUUAUUUAUAUAUAUAUAUAUAUAAAUUAUAAUAUUAUUUACUUGUUAAAAAUUAAAUAUAUACCACAUAUAAAUUUCACAUAAGCUUAAUUACAUAAUAUUAUAUUAUAAUUUGUCAAGACCCAUGUACAAGGAAUCACGAGGACGAGGAAAUACUUUCAACAAAUACAGAAAACACUCACGAAAAAAUAUUUGAUAUAAUUAGUAGCCGUUUAGACUUAGUAAAUUUCAUCUUGUAUAUUAUUAUACAAUUAUUAUUAAACAAUACAUUUUAUGCAAUAUUCUAAACAUGCAUGAUUUCCGUGUGCCUACAGCAUAACUUGCCACUGUUUAUGUUAUUAUUAUAUUACUAUUGUUCGUACCAACAAAAUAGUUUAAAAUGUAUACAGUCUCUGGUGAUCAGAAUAUGUUAUAAACCUUUUGUGGAACCCUAAACAAAUAGCGAAGAUUAUUAUUAUUAUUAUUAUUUUGAAUAUUAUCCCGUUGUUGUUCAACCAUAUUGUUUAAUUGCGGUAUAUAUAUAUUUAUAUUAAAAUAAUUAUUAGAUAUUAAUGUCCAUGAUUAUAUUUUUAGUCUAUUGUUUUCAUUAAUAUUGUACAGAUAUACGAGUUCUUUUGUAUAAAAAUUAUUUUUUAUUAAUGCAUUUUAACGAAUAAGAUCAUUGUGAAAUAAGAAACGAAAUUAUUGUGUUUUGUUAAUAAACUGAAUUAUUACUCGA